AUGGACGUGGACGUGACGUGGACGUGGACGUGGACGUGGACGUGGACGUGGACGUGGACAUGGACGUGGACGUGGACCGGACGUGGACGUGGACGUGGACGUGGACAUGGACGUGGACGUGGACGUGGACGUGGAGGACGUGGACGUGGACGUGGACGUGGACGUGACGUGGACGUGGACGUGGUCGUAGACGUUGUCGUGGACGUGGACGUGGACGUGGACAUGGACGUGGACGUGGACGUGGACGUGGACGUGGACGUGGACGUGACGUGGACAUGGACGUGGACGUGGACGUGGACGUGGACAUGGACGUACGUGGCAUGGACGUGGACGUGGACGUGGACAUGGACGUGGAUGGACGUGGACGUGGACGUGGACAUGGACGUGGACGUGGAGGACGUGGACAUGGACGUGGACGUGGACGUGGACGUGGACGUGGACGUGGACGUGGACGUGGACGUGGACGUGGACGUUGACGUGGACGUGGACGUGGACGUGGACGUGGACGUGGACGUGGACGUGCGUGACGUGGACGUGGACGUGGACGUGGACGUGGACGUGGACGUGGACGUGGACGUGGACGUGGACGUGGACGUGGACGGACGUGGACGUGGACGUGGACUGGACGUGGACAUGGACGUGGACAUGGACGUGGACGUGGACGUGGACGUGGACGUGGACGUGGACGUGGACAUGGACGUGGACGUGGACGUGGACGUGGACAUGGACGUGGACGUGGACGUGGACGUGGACGUGGACGUGGACGUGGACGUGGACGUGGACGUGGACGUGACGUGGACGUGGACGUGGACGUGGACGUGGACGUGGACGUGGACGUGGACGUGA